AUGAACAGCGGGGCAAAUGGAGGUGGCAGUGGCAGUGGGGAGCUGAAGCAGCCAUUGAUGGGACAAGCUGGCACAGACCUGGCCCAGAGCAGGGCCAGAUGCUCUCUGGGGCCUUGCCUGGUGUCUGUGCUGUACGAAGCACUGACCUUUGUGGGCAACUGGCUGCUGGCUUCGCUGUCUGCAUUGUAUUACGAUAACUUUACCCAGUGCACAGAACGUGAAGCCAACAGUGCAAGUUGCUUUUGGCCAAACCCCCUUGCAGAGGGCUUUAUCACUGGAAUUCAUAAACAAUUCUUUUCAAACUGUACUUCAGAAAAGGUUCACUGGGAAGAUCCACCCGAUGAAAUUCUCAUAACUCUGAUCUUGAUCCCAGUCAUGUUGACAUGUGCCAUGAUAACACUGGUAGUAUGGUGCAGCAAGAGAAGUGAUAUCCUGGUGUAAAUUGUUCCUCUGGGCUUUCUUUUUCUCCAUUUCC